AUAAGAUAUGACUCUGCAUUAAUUUUAGACAUGUUAAGUCGAAAAGGAACAAAUAUAUUUAUUUUUUGAUUAUUAGUAUGUAUCAAUUCGCGAAAUAACUGUGGAAUAAAGUGUUUAUUUUCACGUAUUAUUAAUCUUUUAAAAAAUCAAGGCAGAAAAGAGAAAAUUUGAAAUAAAUUACACCUCAUAAAUUAUACCAUGUUAUAUCAAAUACAACGUUUAAGGAUUCUCAUAAAAUGUACACAUACGUUUAAAUUAAUUUUAUAUCGUUCUUCACAAAGUUUGUUUAAUAAUUCAUUUUUAUGUACUAAUGCUAAUUUCAAUGUACAUAUUGAAGAACAAUUAAAGGAAAUUUUUAAAUUAAAAAAUUCUAAUAUUAGUACAUGGAUUGUGGAGAAUAAAGUACGGAAUCUAUGCCAUACAUAUAUAGAAAGUGAAAAAAAACAGAAACAACAUAUUUUACAAGUGCUAGCUGUAAAUUAUGCGAUUAAACAUGAUAGUGUAUUAGAAAAUGCAAGAAAACUUUGUACACACUUGAAUAAUGAAAGGCAAAUGAUUGUUCAUGAAAGAAUUUUAAAAAGUAUUCUUAUACCACCGUAUCAAUGGUUAUUUAUUAUCAUGGGACGUCUUAAACACGGCGUAAAAUUUUUAGUUGAUCUAAGAACAGACAUUUUAGAAUUGAUAUCAGAAACAAGUGACAGCAACAAGAAUUUUGUGAUGCAGCAACUAAAUCUUACACUUAAAGAUUUAUUACUAUUAUGGUUUUCAGUAGGAUUUUUACAUUUAGAACGAAUAACAUGGGAGACCUCUUGUGAUAUAUUACAAAAGGUAUAUGUUUCAGAUUAUGAAGCAAUACAUCCAAUAAGAAAUUGGGUAGACUUAAAACGAAGAGUUGGACCAUAUAGAAGAUGUUAUAUAUUUAUGCAUCCAUCUAUGCCAAGAGAACCUCUUGUUGUAUUACACACAGCAUUGUGUGAUACUAUACCAAAUACCGUAAAAGGAAUUGAAGAAGCAGAACAGAGAAUUCUGGGAAGAGUAGGAACACAAGUAACAUAUUUAGAAGAAGAUAAAUCAAAAAUAACAGCAGCAAUAUUUUAUUCGAUAGCAUCCACUCAAAAAGGCUUGCAAGGUAUUGAAUUAGGUAAUUAUCUAAUUAAAGAGGUAGCUAAUCAAGUGGUUACAGAAUUUCCGAUGAUAAAUGAAUUAUCUAGUUUGUCUCCUAUUCCUAAUUUUAGGAUAUGGCUAUUGGAAAAGAUGAAACAAGACAUAUCUUUCAUAUUUACGUUGAAGGAGCAAGAAACUAUACAAAAAAUUCUUCAAUCAGAAGAUAUAUUUACAACGUUAAAAAAUCUUUUUAAUAAUUCGUUGUGGAUAACUGACGAGCAAUUAUCAGAAUUACUUAAAAAGCCAUUACUUCGAGCAAGUGCAUGGUACUUGUAUAAAGAAAAACGUCGUAGUUAUGCCUUAAAUAACGUUGCAAAUUUUCACUUGCGUAAUGGUGCGAUUAUGUGGAGAAUAAAUUGGAUGGCUGAUCCUUCACCACGAGGUAUUGCGAAUAGUUGUGGCAUAAUGGUAAAUUACAGAUAUUAUUUGAACGAAUGUGAAAAUAAUAGUCGAAAUUACAUUGAAAACUAUUUCAUAAAUGCUUCCGAAAAUAUAAUCAACCUUGUGACACAAACAAAAACAAAUAAGAAUGUCACUUGAUAAAGAUAUCUAAAAAAUAUCAUAACAUACUAAACAAAUCAUUUAAAUAAUGAUGUAUGAUAUUGCCAAUAGGAUCGAAAUUCUUAACAAAGAAGAUUUUAUUACUCUUCAAAUUUUAUAUUUUUAUUAAAGAUUAUUAAAUUUGUUCAUUUAUACAAUAGCUGAUUCUUUUCCAGCUUAAAGACAGCACAAAGGUCUGCAGGCAGAUCUAAAACAAAAUAAUAAAUAAUUUUUUAAUUAUUUAAAAAAAA